AUGCCUGUAAUCUCACUGGGAGAAUCUAUACCUCCAGAUACGGCUCAUGCCGUGAGUGUGUCUCUGCCAACAUGGCAGGCCAACGUCGACUAUGAAGAAGGCGAACCGCGAGUCGUCAGCCGAAUGGUUACUGGUUAUCCUCGAUUCUUCAUCCACAAGAGCAUCGAGGCCCUCUCCAAAGACCUUCUCGCAGCUUACGGACAGCCCGGCCAGCGCAUCCUGUUGUUCCCUACGGCGGCCGCUGCUCGAAGAUGCCUGGACUUUAUGCGCCCGCGAGUGACUCCAGAAAUCGCCAGCCAGAUCCAUGUGGUUGAUCUUGCGCUCGACGCUUCCAAGGACGUCUCUCCGCUCUUGAAGCAGCUUUCACCCACCAUCUCCGGCAUCAUCUUCCCGCAGGAGUCCUUUCCCGUAGCAAAGGAGUACUGGCAACACACUGGCGAUGGGGUUUCAAGUCGACGGGCUGAAUUCUCCCAUGAACUGUUCAAGCACGGCCAACUGGUUCCCGUCAGCGAACAGCAACCCCAACAGCCUCCUCGAACCCCCCAAGAGAAGCCCCUGCGUGGCCCGAAGCGAUAUUCACGAGCCAAUUCCUCCGCCGGCAUCAAUUCAGCCGGCGCCGAAAACAAGGGGCCCGCCUCGUCUUCCGAGAAUCCGGAAGAGGCACGCGAGAGCUUCCAUUUCCUCGAAGAGCGUUUUGGAAGGAAUCUCGACCUUUCGCAAGUCGCGCGCGCAAAGUCCGCCAUUCGUAGGAGAAUCGCCGGGUCUCUCGCGGGCGAUGCAGACAUGAACGACGACCCCACCAAGGCCAACAGCGAGGCAAACGCUCGAGGCAUCGAGGCUCUCGACGAGACCGACGUCCUGCUGUAUCCCUGCGGCAUGAACGCCAUCUUCAACGCCCACCGUGCUCUCCUGGCCGCCCUGGGCUCGCGCAAGAGCAUCAACUUUGGCUUCCCCUACAUUGACACGCUCAAGGUCCUCGAGAAGUUUGGUCCAGGCGCUGUCCUCUAUGGCCACGCCUCGUCGGAGGAACUUGACCAGCUCGAGGGCGCGCUCAAGGACGGGCAGCGCUUCCUCGCCCUCUUUUGCGAGUUCCCAGGGAACCCCCUUCUCGCCUGUCCGGAUCUGAAGCGGAUCCGCAAGCUGGCGGACCAAUAUGACUUUGCCGUGGUCGUCGAUGAGACGAUUGGCACGUUUGCCAACGUCAACGUCCUCCCGUACGCCGACAUCGUCGUCAGCAGCCUGACCAAGAUCUUCUCGGGCGACUCAAACGUCAUGGGCGGAUGCACAGUCCUGAACCCGGAAGGCAAACACUACCGGGUGCUCAAGAAGGUCUUUGAGGAGCAAAUCUACGAAGACACGUACUGGGUCGAGGAUAUCCUCUUCAUGGAGAGGAACAGCCGCGACUUCUCGAGCCGAGUGAAGCGCAUCAAUGCCAACGCGGAAGCAAUCUGCGACAUCCUGCGAACCCACCCGCUCGUCAAGACCGUCUACUACCCCAAGUACAACCCAUCGAGACCCAAUUACGAGGCUUGUCGCCUGCCCGAUGGCGGAUAUGGAGGGCUGCUCUCCGUCGUCUUCACCCACCCGCAGUAUGCGCAAGUUUUCUAUAACAAUUUGGAUACCGCAAAGGGACCCAGCUUGGGGAGCAACUUUACACUCUGCUCGCCCUACGUCUUGUUGGCGCAUUACAAGGAGCUGGACUGGGCGGCUCAGUAUGGUGUAGACGCAAAUCUGGUUCGUGUUAGUGUGGGCUUGGAGGAGCCGGAGGAGCUGCAGCACCUGUUCAAGAAAGCUCUGGCAGCAGCCGAAUCGGUAACAAUUGCAUAA